UGUCGGCUUGGCCAUUUUGAAACAAUACAUACAAUGGUUUGAUAGCAGAGUGACAAGCAUGACAAAUGUGGGUCAUUUUAGGUCGGCCAUAAAGCUUCGACCCGCGUCAUCGCAACAUUGACGAUUUUUCCGGACACGACAGCGCGAGAGCCGUGUGCUGCUUUGCACGCCUCGCAACGCACGCACGCACGCACGCACGCACGCUCGCUCGCUCGCUCGGCUGGCUGUCAUGCCAUCAUCUGAAUCCGCGUCGAAAAAGAAACACGUUCGGUUCGCCAGGAUGGAAGAGGACAAUGACAACGACGAGCAGGAAGAGGGCACGCUUUUCGACAAACCGAAAGACGUUAGGAAAGGACUGAAAAGCGCUCUGAAGGGGGGUAAAGGGGUGCUGAGCCUCGGCUCCGAAAAGGUUGAAAUAGUUCGACCCGGACGGGGCCAGAGCGACACUGGGGCAUGUUGGCGAUGGCUGGUUAGCCUUGCGCUCUGCGCAUCCUUUCUCGGGCUGGGAAUGGCAAUCUCUGUAUUGGGCCCGACCUUUGAAGACCUGGCUAUCAAUGUCAACAAGAACAUCAGUAAUUUGUCCUAUAUCUUUGUGGGUCGAUCAUCUGGAUAUAUUGGAGGCUCACUGUUAGGAGGGAUCCUGUUUGACUGUGUGAAUCCUCAUCUGUUUCUGGGCUUUUCCUUGAUGAUCACUGCAUUUGGGAUGUCUGGAACUCCCUUCUGUAAAAAGGCUUGGCUGCUCACCGCUUUAAUGUCCAGUUUGGGGAUGUCAAUGGGAGUGUUAGAUACAGGUGGUAAUGUUCUCAUACUGAACACGUGGGGAGAGAAAGCUGGGCCUCACAUGCAGGCUUUGCAUUUCAGCUUUGCCGCUGGAGCAUUUGCCUCCCCAAUCAUAGCCAAGCUGCUGUUUGGCCACAGUCCAGGCAAUGCCACCUUGUACACGCCUCUAGUGUCUGGACACGCCUCCAAAACGAUUGGUGCCAUCUUGCCGUUCUCCCAUCCCAAGAUCAACAUUAUGUCAUCCAUGUGGGCCUACAUUGUGAUUGGUGCUUAUAUUUUAUUGGUGUCACCCCUUUUUUUCAUCAUGUACUCCCGCAGUUCCCCUUCUUCAAACAGGGCUAAGACACCCUCAGGAAAGCCACUGUUCUCCAAAAACCACAACAUUCUCAUAUUCCUGCUGUCCACGUUCUUUUUCUUCUAUGUUGGAAGUGAAGUAGCAUACGGCUCCUUUAUAUUCACCUAUGCAAAGGACCAUGCUGGUAUGGAUGAGGCUCAGGCAGCAGGGCUGAACUCGCUUUUCUGGGGAACGUUUGCAGCUGGUCGUGGUCUGGCCAUCUUUUUUGCGACUUGUCUGCGCCCAGGCACGCUGAUCCUGCUGAGUCUAGUGGGCACUACAGUUACUUCUCUCUUGCUGCUCCUUUUUAGCAAAAAUAGCCCUGUGCUCUGGGCUUGCACUGCCCUGUAUGGUGUCUCCAUGUCUACCACCUAUCCUAGUGGAAUUUCAUGGGUGGAGCAGUACACAACGGUGACAGGGCGGUCGGCUGCAGUGUUUGUGGUGGGAGCAGCCCUUGGUGAGAUGGUCCUGCCAGCACUGCUGGCAUUCUUACUGGGGCAGGUGAAGAAUGAACCAUUGCUGAUGUACCUGGCUCUCGGGACAUCCACCUUCACCUCCAUCCUGUUCCCUGUUAUGUACAAACUAGCAUCACCAGGAGGUCCGUCUGCCCUACGGAAAGGGCCAGGCAGACACACCAAGGAUGCUGAUGACAGUGAGUACCGGCAAGCCCUGCUGGACAAUGUGGAGGAAGAAGAGGACCAGCAGAACUGUGGUGAAGCUGACCAAUGGAACGAUGCAGACUUUGAGGUGAUAGAGAUGGAUGAUGCAUGCCUAAUGACCACUCCUUCUAAAGCCACAAUGCCGCCUGAUGUUGCAGCCAGUGCUCUUGUUGCCCAGUCAAUGGCCACUUCCUCAGCCCCACCGCCAGCACCCUCAACAGACCCCAAAUACUUGGCACCUGUGCCUAACAAACUGGCCUUUCCCACAGACUCUCCCAGACGCAAACUGUUCCUGUCCCUCAACAGGGAGAAGGAGGAUUGAUUUAUUGCACUACAUCAAGAAGAUCUCAAUACUUUAUUCCUGAGACAGGAACUGAGAGUUGGCUGGUUGAAUCAUCCUCUCCACAGCAACCUGAAGCAUUCAUGCAAAAUCUCUUAACCUCCUUGGGUAAAAAGAUAGCCAGUAGCCAUUUAGCACUUACUAAACAUGGCAGUUGCAUGUUCAGACAUUUUAACAUGUACUUGCUUUCUUGUGCGUUCCUUAGGUACGAAGACAUAAUCCACACGUCUUUUUCUCGACACUACUGUUCUCGUUAAAUGCAGUUUCAUUCAACCUGGUAUUUGCAAGUUCCUACUUGGAAAAAUGCAACAGAGGCACUUAAAGUCGACUUACAGCUUGGGAACUCAUGCAGAAAUCCUUAACUCCGAUUUCGCAGAGAUGAAGGUGGAUGACAUCACGCAAAUGUACACCUGUAGAACAAAUGCUAGCAUUGCACAGCAUAGUUUAUUCUCUUACUAAGUGACAAUCAAACAUCUGCUAAGCAUCACAAUUUUGUUUCCUUAUACGUCAUAUUCUGAGCAUAUAGCAAUGAAAUGCUUUAUGGUCGGAGAUAGGAAAUAUCAAGUAGGAAUAUCUCACAUCUGACUUGAAUGGAAUGCAGCAUAAGAGUGGAUGUUCCUGGAUUAUCAAAAAGAAGUUGAUUUUAGACAAGAUCUGUCUGGUUUAGGAUUACAUUUGAAAAUAGGAUCUCUCUAUCAUUUACUUCCGAUCCACUCUCAUUUAUUGACCUGAAAAAGUGUAAGGAUUUUGUAAAAUUGUAAUCAGGACAAUAUUUUGAUCUAAAGAACUGUGAAAUGGCUUGAAGGCAAGAUGUGGGAUCUUAUAUUUUUUGUAUGGUCUAAUUGAAUGUAUAAAAACUUAAAACCUGGUCUCAUUGUAAAAAUGUUACUUUAACUAUAUUUUUUCCAAAUCACUUUUACAUGCAUUGUUCUACUUAUCACUGCAGUUUGCUGGUGAAAUAAACACCACAAAUGUUGAGGUGCUACAUCAGCAAUGAGUUUUCUUUUACUUUCAUGCGAAAUCACAAUUAAAACAGCAGAUUAACAGUUCAUAAACACUUAUUUUUCACUCUGUUCCCCACACAAUACUAUAACGUGUGAUUUGGAAUAUGAUAUAUAUGAAUAUUGCAUUACAUAACCAACUGCAUAUUAAAGCGAGUUUAACUUUGCGGUGGCACAACUGAUAGGACACUGGAACACAGAAGACUGGGGUUCGAGACCAGUGAAGUUGACACGUGAGCCCAAAUGAAAUGUGGCUGUUUCAGCUAUUGCCUUUUUCAUCUAACAAUUGCUUUUAUAGCACUCUCAGGUUAAGGUUCCGGAUAUUUGCUUUUAUGACACAAUAAGUUCGGUUUAGAUGUAGCAUUAAGGGUGGGGAUGUUAUCGUCUCACAUUUACUUUUUAUGACACUAUUGGGUAGGUUUUUGUUGAAGAUCUAGAUUAGGAUGGUAGGUUUUAUUCAUUUAAAACUUCAUAGAGCAUUAACCUAAAAAAAAAAACUUGUCUUUUUGGGAGAACAUUAAACUUUUAGGGCCCAUCAGUGGACAUUUCACCUUGAAACUGCAGCGAUACGUGUAAUAAAAUCAUUUUGCAAAAAUGUUGCCAGUGUCACAUAAGUUUCAUGAGAUUAGGCUGAAAAAGUAACGUUUUGAUGCUGAAGUCUUUGUUGAAGUCCUUUUCAUGUUUGUUAAAUAUUUCUGUUCACUUUGUUAAUUACCAAAAAUCUGUUCACUGGGCUUUUGAUUUCUAUGUAAUGUUGUGAUUUUAUUUUUUUAGCCCAAAUUGUUGUGAAAAAGGUGCUGUAAUUGUUUAAAUGUUGAUUUUAUUCCUUUCUGAAAUUCUAUUAAAUUAUUAUAAAUCGAAAA